AUGAAACUGAUAACGAUCCUGAGUGCAAUUGUUUUAAUCACUACCAGUGCUUGGGCCUAUUCAGACGAGUGUAUUAAAGGUCCAGAAUAUUGGUGUCGCGAUGCAAAAACAGCUGAAAAUUGCGGUGCAGUUGACCAUUGUCAAAGAACUGUAUGGAAUCAAAAAGAAGCUGACAAAAAAACCAUAACAGGCGGUCAAACAGCUGAAAUGUUAUGUAACGUUCUUGUUCAAGCUGCAAAUGAGCUCAUCAGUGAUACUUUCAUUAAUGUUAAUUCAAUGAAACAAUAUCUUCGUCAAGAAUGUGCUAAAUUACCGAGUCAAAAUAAUCUAAUCCAAAAAUGUGAAACGGCUGUCGAUCUGUAUCUUCCGGAUAUUCUUCGUCAUAUUCAAAGUGGCACCGAAAUCACAAAAAUCUGUCGCAUCAUUCAAGGACAUGAUUCACAAAGUGCUUUCGUUGCAAAACCAAAACCUACUGGUAUUACACCUAAUCAAACGUGUGUUCUCUGUGAAUUCGUUAUGCACAUGCUUCAGACAUUCGCCACUGCGAAUUCAUCAGCUCAAGAACUUGCUCAAAUUCUUGAAGACGUUUGUCAAGCUAUGCCAGCUGCUUUAAAAGAUGAAUGCAAAGCAUUUAUUGAACAAUACGGUAUCGAUCUUAUUGUUCUACUUCUCCGAGAUUUUGAUCCAGAUAAGGCGUGCCAACUUGUUAAACUUUGUCCAAAACCUAAGGAUGUUGCUUUUCUAACUGAACCGAAUCAAAGCACUUGCGGUCUUUGUGAUUACGUUUCAACGUAUUUAUCAGCCGGUUAUCCAAUUGAAAAUGUUUGUACACAUUUUUCAACAAACAAGAAUAUUAAACAACAAUGUGAAAUUCUUGCACACAUAUACAAACCAAAUUUUUGUUCACAAUUAUCUAUUUGCAACGAUGGCGUCGUUAUUCAACCAGUUGAACAGCCAAUUCAAACAACAAUCCAGAGUGCUGAAUGUUCAUUAUGCAAAUUUGUUAUCAGUUACAUCGAUACAAUUAUUCAAAACAAUAGAUCCGAAGCAGCUAUUCUUGCCGCCUUGGAAAAAGUUUGUACUAUUCUACCAGCAGCACUUAAAACCAAAUGUGAUCAAUUUGUUGAUACCUAUGGACCCAUCCUUGUUCAACUUCUUGAAAAGUAUAGUACACCAGAAGACGUUUGCGAUGCUUUGAAAUUAUGUACAAAUGGAACCGAAGCAAUAAUUCCAAUAAAAUUUGAAAAAGCAACAGCCAAUCCUGUUGAAUGUGCAUUAUGCAAAUAUAUCAUCAGUUAUGUUGAUGCAGUUAUUCAAAACAACAAAUCCGAAGCAGCUAUCAUAGCAGCAUUAGAAAAAGUUUGUACUAUUUUGCCAUCGUCACUUCAAGACAAGUGUAAACAAUUUAUUGAUACCUAUUCGACCGUUCUCGUUCAACUUAUCGAAAAAUACGGCACCCCAGAACAAGUGUGCGAUGCUUUGAAAUUAUGUACAAGUGGAACAGACGUGUCAUCUCCUCUUGAACGUAUUCAACAAAUGAAAUCGAAACAAGUCUCUCUAAACGCUCUGCAAUGUACGUUUUGUAAACUAAUCAUCGGUUACUUAGAAAGUGCAGUUCAAAACAACAGAACUCCAGCUGCUAUUGAAGCAGCGUUGGAAAAAGUCUGUAAUUAUCUACCAGCCUCACUCAAAGAUAACUGCACACACUUUGUUAAAAUAUACGGACCAAUUAUUGCAAUCCUCUUGGAGAAAAAUGCAACGGCUGUACAAGUUUGCAAUUUCAUCAAACUUUGUAACAACGGCACACAAGAUAUAGCAUCUAGUGCUACUGAUCAAGGAUUCAACAUUGAAAAAUUGUCUAUCAAAAGUGCUGAAUGUGCACUCUGCAAAUAUAUUGUCGGCUAUGUUGAUACCGUUAUUCAAAACAACAAAUCUGAAGCAGCGAUUGAAGCAGCUUUAGAAAAAGUUUGCAGUAUACUACCAUCAUCAAUUAAACCCAAAUGUGAUCAAUUUGUUGUUACAUAUGGACCUGUUCUUUUACAACUUAUCAAAACGUAUGGUACACCAGAACUAGUUUGCGAUGCUUUAAAAUUAUGCAACAAUGGAACACAACAAACAUCACCGCGUGCUCUCCUUCAAGUCUUAAAAAUCGAAAGAGUGCCGGGUUCUCCCGCCACAUGUGCACUCUGCAAAUAUAUUGUGGGCUAUGUCGAUAUCAUUAUUCAAAAUAACAAAUCUGAAGCAGCUAUUGAAGCAGCGCUAGAAAAAGUUUGCGGCAUUCUACCAGCAGCAAUUAAGCCUGCAUGUGAUCAAUUCGUUGUUACAUAUGGACCUGCUCUUUUUCAACUUAUCCAAAAAUAUGGCACACCAGACAAAGUUUGUGGUGCUUUGAAAUUAUGCAACAAUGGAACACAAACCAUGGAAUCAAUCGAUCUAAUAGAUACUGUUCCAAGUAAACCAAUAAAAGAUGAUCCUGAAUGUUCAUUAUGCAAAUAUGUAGUAUCUUAUUUGGAUCUUCUUAUUCAAAGUAAUAUCACUGCAGCAGAACUCGAAAAAGCAUUGGAAUUCGUUUGUACAAUUUUACCAUCAUCAUAUCAAAAGCAGUGCAAAACUUUUGUUGAUACCUAUGCACCUAUUCUAGCUGAACUUAUUGCUGAACUUGAUGAUCCAAAUGUUGUUUGUGUAUGGUUAACAUUAUGUCCAAAAUCGGACGACAAAUUUAUUCAAGUACCAGCAUUGAAAAUAAAUAAAUUCAAAUCGUUACCGUGUAAUUUAUGCGAAUAUAUUGUUAAUUAUCUUGAUGCAAUAAUUCAAUCGAAUUCGACUGAAACUCAAUUUGAAGAUGCUUUAGAUAAGGCUUGUAAAAUUAUACCUGUAUCACAAUUACAAUCGGAAUGUCAGACAUUAGUUCAUCUGUAUGGUGUUGAUUUAAUUAACUAUCUUGUUAGUCAUGGUGAUCCAAAAACUGUAUGUCAAAAACUUGGUAUAUGUGAUAAAUAG